ACUGUGUCGGUCUUCCUCGCCAUCGUGUUCCUUUCUCUGACCGAGGGAAGAUCUGGAGGUGCCAAACCUGCGGUGACCUUCACACCCAACUGGGGGAAUGGGAAUAUACUAUGGUAUGAUGAUGUGACUCUAACGUGUAAUGUGCCGUCUACUGGACCAGAGGAGCCCCGGACCUACCAAUGGUACAAAGACAGCCAACCAAUACCAGGAGAUCAUCAGAGUCUUCAUAUCAUUGGAUCUGAUGUACAUCGGGACAGAGGAGAAUUACCAGUGCCGGGUCAGUGGUGGUGAUAUCAGUGAUCCCCGUCUCUCUAAAUGUUACACAAGCAUUUGUCAUCCUGCAGAGACCCCCAUCUGCCAUAUAUGAAGGAGACCCCCUGACUCUGAGAUGU